UAUAGCCUGUGAGUGCGGGGAGCGUAUAGCCUGUGAGUGCGGGGAGCGUAUAGCCUGUGAGUGCGGGGAACACGCCUCAGCCGUGUCGGAGACAAACCGCUUAAACGCUCAAACCCCCCCAGUCGGGGUCGCACUGGCGAUACCCCACUGUGAGCACACACCAGUCUGAUCCCAGAUAAGCGAGCGGCUCAAGGUCGCAGUGUCCUCCCCCCUUCCUUCCUCGCUCCCCCCUCACACAGUCACAGCUGUGAAUGAUGCUGCGGCAGGCUGGGUGCCCCCAGACACAGGGCCCGUACAGGCCAGUGCCCCCCCCAGCCAGCACCAGGUGUUAGACCAUCCUGUGAGAAUGCCUGAAGGAAUCCGUCAUGGGGGGAUAGAGAGCGGCCUGGGGAAAUGUAGGACUCCUCAUGGUUGGUGGAGAGCUCGCCUCAUUGGGAUGUGAAGGCAGCACCUUACAAGCUUAUGGGAAGUGCUGCUGGUUAAAGUGGCAUCGGCGUUUCCCGGGAGACGAGAAAGAUCUGCACAGCUGCUGCUGUUCACUGGGGUGUCGAGGCUAUAACUGGCUACGCUGCAGCUUGGAUGCAGUUCUGCGGUCUGCCGCUGGUCUUAUGCACUGCAUUGUUUGGAGUCGCCCCCCCGGUCCCCCAGUGGGACGGCCCGACCGAGUCCUCGCCUGUGUCUCCCUGCAGGAAUCUCCCAGCCAAGCCCCCCGAAGAGGCCCAGAAGCACAGGCAGCAGUAUGAGGAGAUGGUGGCCCAAGCCAAGAAGCGAGAGCUGAAGGAGGCCCAGAAGAGGAGAAAGCAGCUGGAGGACAGGUGCAAGCUGGAGGAGAGCAUUGGGAAUGCGGCCCUCACCUGGAACCAGGAGAUCCUGCCCAACUGGGACACCAUGUGGGUACUCU